AUGCAUUUAUAUACGAUUUUACUUCUAAUACUGUUGGAAUCUACUUUUUCAUACAAAAUAUUGGUAUUCUCACCACGUCUCGGUCAUAGCCAUGUUAAUUUUAUGGGAAAAAUAGCAGAUAUUCUGGUUGAAGCUGGUCACAAUGUAACUGUUUUUGUGCCGGAUUUAAAUCCAGAUGUGUCUAAUAAUGGCUCCAAAUUAGCAAAAAUAAUAGAGAAGAAAUUUCCAAACAAUCAAUACUUCGAGAAAAGUUCACAGAAGAACAUGUGGAAGAAGAAGGGUGACAGUAUUCUGCAAGUCUAUCGGUUGCAUAAACGACUGGCCGAUGCACAGAGAAUGACAUGUAAAAAGCAUCUGGAAGAUAAUGAGUUGAUGGGAUUGCUACAAUCAGAACAGUACGAUUUGGGUAUCACAGAACAGAUUAAUUUCUGCGGAUAUGCUAUUUUCAAAAGGAUCGGUCUCAAAAAUCAUAUUACGACAAGAGCAAUUAAUUUGUUAGAAGUGAGCAGCGACCUCUUCGGUGUAAGCUCUAAUCCGAGUUAUGUGCCCGCUGGUUUCUCUUUUAAGUCAGAUAAAAUGAAUUAUCUCGAUAGACUGACAAACGUUAUCAUGUACACAAUAACUUAUGUUCUCACAAAACUUAUUUGGGAUUCAGCGGCGCAAAGUCUUCAGCAUCAUUUGCCCAAUAAAUUCGAUUAUAUUGAAACAAUGAAUGAAAGCUCGGUAGUUUUUGUCAACACCGAUGAAUUGUUGGAAUUUUCUCGUUUGAUCAGUCGUAAAAUUGUAUUUAUUGGUGGCAUAGCUAUUCCGGAAGCUUCACCGCUUACUGAUGAUUACCAACAACUUCUGGACAAUUCUGAGCGUGGCGUCAUUUUAGUAUCAUUCGGAACGAUGAUAAAAAGCAAAUACAUGAGCAGCAAUGAAAAAAAGAUAUUCGAAGAUGCAUUCCAACAAUUACCUGAGAUUACUUUCAUAUGGAAAUACGAAGAUGAAGAAAGAGUGGAAGAUGUACAUCUUCCUAACGUCAUUAGAAAGAAAUGGAUACCACAGAACGAUCUUCUCAAUCACCAUAAACUUUUGGCUUUUGUAUCUCAUUGCGGUCAAAACAGUCUCAUGGAAAGUAUCAGUGCCGGAGUACCACUCAUUUGUAUGCCAUUUUUCGCUGAUCAGUUCAGAAAUUCCAGAACAGCCGAGAGUAGGAAUGUAGCACUCAUCUUGAAUAAGGAAAAUCUUACAGUAAUUGGCUUAUCCUCUGCACUGAAAAUUAUCAUAUAUGAAGAAAGUUAUCGGAAAAGUGCGCAAAAAUUAAAAAAGAUGAUAAGGUAUAAGCCGGUAUCUGCUCGGGAACGGCUCAUACGAUACACUGAAUUUGCUAUAAAAUAUGGCCCAUUUGACAACUUUAACGUUGCCG